AUGGCUGAAGGUAUCGAAUUGGUGUCUGCAAUGAUCACCAGAUACGCCGUAGUCGAGAGCUUGUACUUGCUCGAAGAGUCUUCCCUGAAAGCUCAACUCACAGAUCGCAUAACAAAGCUAUACGUCUCCAUCCUGAGAUAUCUGAGUAUCGCAAAAACUUACUACGACAAAAGUACA